GUGUUUCAUACCACAGUCUGAACAAAAAACAACCUAAGGAUUUAUCUAGUGUUGGAGUGUCAGCAGCAAAGCAGCUAAACAUGAAAGGGUAAAGGCACUAGGAUAAAAUAAAAUGGGUUUAUUGAGGGGAGCAUAAAUGUGUGGAAACAUGAUAUUUUAUAAAAUCUUGUACAGUCUUGGAACUUUUUGCCGGAUGGUGGUGUUAGAGAAAAGGCAGUGGGAUCCUCUUGGACAAUGAACAUUUUAUCUUCAUUUUUUUUCUGUUCUUGUUACUUAUUCUGCAUACUUUCCCUUUUUCUUUAACUUGGAAUAGCAGCUCCCCCAGGCACAACAAUUUAUCCCCUCUCCCUCACCUGCUUCCCAAGAACCAACACUGACAGUUGUUCAAUAAAUUGCUCAUCCUGGGUAGCAGUUAUAUUCUGAAUCAACUUAGUGUCCUGGAAAUAUAAUUAGGCCAACAUUAUACUGAAGUUGUUAUCAGUAAAACAAACGUUUAACUGCUCGGUGUCUUCACAGCUCUGCUGCCUGAUGGUCUGUUGUCUGUUGUCCACAUCACUGAUGACGGAAUGAGCAUCCUGGAACCGCUGGAGAUUACAGACACUCAUGUAGUUGUUAAAGUUCCUCACCUCUCUAUAUUUGGCCUAGUUUGGGACAUUGUUAAGAGGUUGUGGACGAAACCAGUUAACGGCCGAGUUCUGCUUUUCCACAAACCAGCAAACCCAGUAACACAAACGCAAAAACUCAAUGUGUUUCUCCUCCCGAGGAACAUCGAUAUUGACGAGGUCAGCAAACAGCAGCAGCCUUAUAAGAACAUCAAGCCCUCUUCUAAAUGCAAACUAAUCAAAGAUCAAAUUUACAGUCUAGACUGUCCUGAGGCCAGCAAAAUUCAGCCAGAGAAAGAAGAGUUUGACCUGGAGUUUGGACCAAAUUAUGACCCAAUGUUUGAGAUCUGGCUGCCUGCAAACAAAAGAAGAGUAAUAUUAACGGUUCAAGACCAAACACAGAUUGUGCUCUGGAAGCGUGAAGUUGAUCUGACAGAUUCAUUAGAGGAAAUUCCACAGAGGAAUAACCAAGCAGAUGACAGAGUCCCAGCAGAGGACAGAGUCCAAGCAGAGGAGAGGCUGUUCUCAGUUCGGGCACAGUUUAUAAGUAGAGUGUCUGAACCUGUUCUCAACCAGCUUCUGGAUAAACUUCUUGAGUGUCGCAUUAUAAAUGAUGCUGAAAUGCAUUCAAUCAAAACUAAAGCCAGAGAUGAAAAAGCACGAGACGUGAUUGACACAGUGCUAAGAAAAAAUGCCAGCUCAGCCCUGAUCGCCGCUCACCGUGAGGUGGAUCCAUGUCUAUCCAGAGAGCUGAACUUGAACUGAAAUAGAAGCAACAGACUGCUGUGAUCUUUAAAUGGGAAGUUUUGAUUCUGAAACAGAGAGAUACUGGCUGAUAUUGAAACACACAGACAGAAGCUCAUUUGUGACCAAGGCAAUUGGUCUAAUUAAAAGUGUGGUCAAAGACCUUUUAAAACAAAGUUCUUGGUUAAAUGUAAAAGCCUCAAAUAAGAUGGAGCAAAUUCCUCCUUCCUUUGUUGCCCCAUUAGAUAUUCAGUUUAUUAACUUCUUUGUACGUUGGGUUUAAUAAAUGGGGUUAGUAUUUCAUACAGAAAUUGCCCGGGGCUGCUCCCCUUUCCCCUUUACCACUCCUACAUGAGGGCAGGUAGUCAGGGUUCAGGUUGGCCCCAGGGACAGUUAAUUGUCAGCUUACUUGCUUUGUUUUUCAUUUUUUUUAAUUUUUCAUUCUGGUUGUCUCACACUAGUUAGGAGAAUUGUCAUUCAUUGUGCCAUGAGCACAUUCCAAAGACCAAGGCUGUCUCCUGGAGAGUAGGGCAUCAGAUGUGUUAUGACUACUGCUUAUCAGACAUUAGACGUCACCAAUAGACACCCUUGGGAAAGAGG